GGUUGGUUUGAUGCUUGUUCGUGGUAUCAGAGCAUGGUUGGAAAUGAAGCGACAACUACCGCCUAUCCGAAGCAAGGCAAAAUCGUUACCAACGUGCGAAAGCCAACGGAUCUAAAAACAUCAUCAAUGAUUGUGGUUCAGGUUAGGACUUGUCGGCUGCUACUGAUUGUCACUGGAGCCAAGAGUGGUCGGCUGGUGCUGGCUGAGGAAGACCCCAAAACUGGAUGGACGCUACGAGCUAUCGCUAAAUCCGAUAUUGUCGCUACAAACGUGAUACCAACCAUGGAGGAGUUUAAUGAUGUCUGGCUGAUACCAGAUCGGAAUAACAACAAAAUAUCGAAUCAUACCAAUGUGUUCAUUGAGCGUAAAAUAAGUAGUAGAUUUUUAUCUGAUCUGGUAGCGCUUUCUGGCCUACCAAGGCGAUCGAAUUAUCAACUGUAAUUAAUUGUUGAUAGAUAAGUUUUAGCUUCUCAAAGGGGGAAGAACUGAUGUAUAUUCCAUGUACAUUCAGACUGAUUUUAUUUAAGAGUGCGAUAGCAGACAGCGCUGCGCGCAACACUGCUAUCGCUUUCCCUAUUAUGAAUAAACGGAGUUGAGCUCCUUCUUUACUCGACUCUCGA